GACUGGUUUGGCCGGUGGUUUAUUUGCAUCAACAACACAUUUGCUUAUUGUUCUUUAGUCAUACGGGUGAAUUCGUUUUUGCCGGUUGAAAAAAGAAUAUUUGACAAUGUCUUCGACUGUGACAAAGUUUUUAGUGAUAUUUGGUUUAAUGAAGAUCUGUUCAUCUCAACUCGGUUCUCCACCUAAAGUUGAAAAAGUAACUUUAUUACUAGAAUCAUAUAUUCCACCUGCUAUGCAAAUGAUGGCGUAUUUAACUGAAAUGAUGAAGUACGAUUUGAAGCCUACAACAGCUCCACCUUACGGACCAACAACUACUUCGACAAUUAAGCCCACGCCUUUUCACAGGCCGGGUGUCUAUGCCCCCCUCAAGCCUCCGGGACGAGAUUCCUAUUAUCAGUCACUUCAAAAAGGUAAUGGUUAUAGAGAUUACAUCGCAAGUCUGCAAAGACCAAGCGGCCUCAACUAUUUUGAUCGAUACAAACAAGAUUUGGAUAGAAGUAAGAAUGUUAAUAGAAAUCCUAGAAAUAUUGAAACCGGCGAAGUAGAUAGAAUAUUUCCAACUAUUGCUGAAUACUUUGGAAAUAAUUUCCUGGACACUUAUAAGCUUGGAAUUGAAGUUGAAAAAGACGAUGUUCCGAACAAUAUUGAAGAAAACCCACAAGAGUUUUUAAAGAAAUAUGACGAUUUAGCUUUCACGACAGAGUUCAGGCAAAAGCGAGUACCGCCCACAAGAGCUUAUGUUACUCUUUUAUCAUUAUAUGAUAUGUUGAAUAAAGAAUCGAAACGUUUAGGAUUGAGCAAAUAUCAAGGUUACACUGAAAAGAUGUUGAAAGAACUUGCUGAUAUUUCCACUGGCACUUCUUCAUAUCAGCUAUUAUACACCUUAAAAAAACUUAUAGAACAUCGAGAUACAAACAGGGCUGACAUUUUGAAAAAAGUGAAACAACUAAUUACAGAUUUGGAAGAAUCCAACAGUUAUAUCAACAUGGCAUUGCAAUAUAUUCCACCUCUAUCAUAUGCCUUGUAA